AUGGCGACAGUGGGGCUCGUGUCACAUCUGUUACUACAGCUGUGGCAACCCUCAGAGGCCUUCAACCUCUGGGCUAACGGGGGAAUACACCUGCGCGGACCAGAACACUCGAAAUUUGGCUACAGCGUGGCGCUAUGCACCCAGUCUCUUUAUAACCUAAACCCAACUUCCCCCCCACCCCCCAGAGUGGUCGUUGGGGCACCGCGGGGCCAGGACCACGCCAACCUUGCCCUGGAGGGGUACCAGUUGGGGAACAUCUUCCUGUGCGACUUGAAGGGGUGUAACGUAGAGGAACGCGUUCCUUACAUGAGCGAUGAGGAUGGGAGCACGAAUGCGCUGAAGAUGGGGGAUCACCUGAGGAGAUACGGAAUAGGAUUUGGCGAGUCACUCAGUACUCUGAAAGAUGAUAUCUCUCCAUUGGUUGCCUGCGCCCCUCGCUACACCCGGGCGAUCCAAGACAGGUUGGACGCCUCUUACCUGAAGGAUAAGUGGACGCUGCAACCCCGUGGGGCCUGCUUCGUCCUGAAAGAUGCUGACGGCAUCCCGGAGCUCAUGGGCCUUCAAGGCACCAAAUACCCACCGGCUCAAUCGCUACAAAAUGCCCUGGUUGGAUUCAGUGCCACUUUGAUUAAGAAGGCUGAACUCGAACUGGUCAUGGGAGGUCCAAACGCCUUCUAUGAAGAAGGAGUGAUAUCGAUCAAACCGAUCGGCAGUCGAGGGAGGGGCUCUCAAAGCCUUAUAUCCGCGCGGAAGGCUAGGACAGAGACCUACGAAGGAUGGCAGGUGGUCCAAGGGAACUUCGACGGAGAAGACACGUCCAUCGCCGUCUCUGUGUGAAACUUCAGAAACAGUGGGAAGGUGAAAUUCUACCCGCCCAACAUCGAGCCGUACAACAAAAAGCCCGACAAUUACCUGGGCGAGAUAACUGGGACGGAAGUAGGAGCGAAAUUCGGCUACAGCCUCGCCGUGGGAGACUUCAACGGGGAUAAGGCUGACGACCUUCUGAUAGGAUCCCCCUGGGCAUUUGUCAAGGGCACGCGUCAUCUCCCUGACGGUGGGAAGGUCUAUGUGCACUACUCGCCCCUGGCUAAGAUCAACAAGGGCCAGCAGGAGAUUCCAGGAUUCGUCGAAUGGGGUCUCUUCGGAUUCUGCACGGCAGGACUAGGGGAUAUCAACAGGGACGGAUACGGCGACGCAGCCAUCAGCGCCCCCUACGCUCACUCGCCUGACGAAGGAGGGAUUGUUUACAUCUACAACGGCUCCCCCAAGGGAUUGAUACAAAAACCGACGCAGAUGCUCCGCGCCUCCCAAUUCCCGAACGCGAUGCGAGGCUUCGGCUUCAGCUUAGACGGCGGCCUAGACAUGGACGGCAACGGGUACCCGGACGUCGUCGUUGGAGCCGUGGAUUCUAACAAUGCCGUCCUGCUCAUGUCAGCCCCGGUCAUUACCUUAUUCGGAGAGGUCAGCUUCCAGAGCGAGACGCUGAACGACGAGAACAGCUGCGACAACGAGCUGGCGGGAUACAGGAAAGUGAAGGGCGUCUGCUUCUACCUGAAUAUCGACAUCAAUUACAAGGCGUUCAACUACACCAAGGACAUAAAUGCCCAGCUACGUAUGGUCUUGAAAGAUAACUCCGAAUCGCCCAAGUUUAUCUUCAAGGUCACAAAUGACCACAGGUACAACAUGAAUUACACCAUUCGGCCUGUAGGGAGCAAAGUUCGGGGGCGUGGAAUAUACGUUUUUGCUAAGAGUGACCGAUCAGUGAUAGGCCAGCCUGUAGCAGUUUCGGUCUCAGUCAUCUUGAACCCACCACCUGCACAGGACGCCUCGGCCGGGCCUGGCACUUCACAGGCAACACCUGUGCCACCUGUCCUGGAUGGCCUGGGUCCGACGAGCUUCAAUACUUCCAUCAUUCUCACCUGUGCUGACAACAAUACCUGUUUCUCCAAGCCCGAUAUGUCCAUUAUGGCUUAUCCCACAACCCUGACUAUUGGAAAAGGCUACAUGAGUCUACCAGUCCUGGUAGAGGCCCGCCAUGACCCAGCUUACCAAGUGGAAGUGAAGGUCAACCACCCCGAAUCCAUCAAAUUCCACCGAGUGGAAGGAACAGGUCUCAUUCCAGAAUGCAGGUACGGGACCCUCGUCGGUAUGACGUCAUUCGACGAGUUCACGUGUGUCUUCACCUUCAUCGAAGCCUUGGAGAAGGUCAAUUUCACCCUGUUCUUCGAACACAACCCCUACGCCCUCAUGGAGCACCUGGAGAAGAGGAACCUCGAUUAUCUGACCAUUGACCUCGAGGUCAAGAGCGACAGUAAGGACACAGACGUCAAGGACAACAAGUUCGGCCAAGGUCAAGGUCGUUACCAGUGCCCGGGUCUUCACCGAGUGUCCUCCAAUUCGACUGGGUGGAAAUCCCAGCCAGAUUCGACCACGGUGAAGGUCAACGAGACGCUCACAUGGUCAGAGAUCCAGUCCAUAUUCCCCCCAAAGAACCACUCCCUCGCCGCCGAUCGCCUGGGACCCAAGAUAGCCCAGAGCUUCUCAGUCACCAACGCGGGACCAAGCCCAGUCAAGGGAGCUAAGAUGGCCAUUCAACUAGCGCUCUUCAGAGGCGACGAGAGAAUCUUCUACCUUCACGAGGAACCGAUUAUGUCCAAAAAUGUGACAUGCGACUGGCCACAGAUCAAUCCUUGGAGGAUGCAGGUUUUGGAUCCGGUCGACGGCCACACGACGCAGGUCAAGACGCUUUGA